CGUCCUUUAAAUAAGGCCUUCCCCCCCGUCGCGCGCGACAGAGAGGAGUAGGGUGGAGUGUGUUUGUGUGUGGCGCGGGGAUUGCGGCCCGGGCCGAGCCGCCGCGGACCACGAGUGAGUGUCAAUGACGUUCCUGGAAUAAGGAUCAUCAGCUUCCCUGUUCUGCUGCAAAGACGUUGGGAGUAUUCAUCUGUCCGCUCGUUUCUCUUUUAGGUGCCCUUGUCAAUUGAAGUUGAGUAUAAAUACUAGAGAAAUCCUGUACCCUCUGGAGCCUGCACUUACUGCCAGGCAGCGAAAUUGUGAACUAGAGUGAAGCAGAAAUCUAGGAAUAUGAGCUCCAUGAUGGCCAUGGGCGAACCAAGGCUGAACUGGGAUGUUUCCCCCCAAAAUGGCCUUAAGACAUUUUUCUCUCGAGAAAAUUACAAAGAUCAUUCCAUGGCUCCAAGUUUAAAAGAACUGUGUGUUUUAUCUAACAGACGUGUAGGAGAAAAUUUGAAUGCCUCAGCAAGUUCUGUAGAAAAUGAGCCGGCAGUUAGUUCAGCAACUCAAGCAAAGGAAAAAGUUAAAACCACAGUUGGAAUGGUUCUUCUUCCGAAACCAAGAGUUCCUUAUCCUCGUUUCUCUCGUUUCUCACAGAGAGAACAAAGGAAUUAUGUGGAUUUGUUGGUUAAAUAUGCAAAAACUCCCGCAAACUCUAAAGCUGUUGGAAUAAAUAAAAAUGACUAUUUGCAGUACUUGGAUAUGAAAAAACAUGUGAAUGAAGAAGUUACAGAAUUCCUAAAAUUUUUGCAAAAUUCUGCAAAGAAAUGUGCACAAGAUUAUAAUAUGCUUUCUGAUGAUGCUCGUCUUUUCACAGAGCAAAUUUUGAAAGCUUGCAUUGAACAAGUGAAAAAGUAUCCAGAAUUCUAUACGCUCCAUGAAGUCACCAGCUUAAUGGGAUUCUUCCCAUUCAGAAUAGAGAUGGGAUUAAAGUUAGAAAAAACUCUUCUCGCAUUGGGCAGUGUAAAAUAUGUGAAAACAGUAUUUCCCUCAAUGCCUGCAAAGUUGCAGCUGUCGAAAGAUAACAUGCCUGCCACCGAAACACCAGAACAAAUCGCUGCAGCUAUGCAUUAUGAUAUUAGUAAAGACCCAAAUGCAGAGAAGCUUGUUGCAAGAUACCACCCUCAGAUAGUUCUAACUAGUCAAUCAUUAUUUACCUUGUUAAAUAAUCAUGGACCAAGCUACAAGGAACAGUGGGAAAUUCCAGUGUGUAUUCAAGUAAUACCUGUUGCAGGUUCAAAACCAGUUAAAGUAAUAUAUAUUAAUUCACCACUUCCCCAGAAGAAAAUGACAAUGAGAGAAAGAAAUCAAAUCUUCCAUGAAGUUCCAUUAAAAUUCAUGAUGUCCAAAAACACAUCUGUUCCAGUCUCUGCAGUAUUUAUGGACAAACCAGAAGAUUAUGUAUCUGAAAUUGAUUCCGUCUUGGGAAAUGCCCCUUCGAUUCUUGGGAGGGAAAAGACGUCUUACGAAGUUAAUGAAUCCCGAAAAAUUGAAACCCUUGAGAAUUUGGAUCUGGAUUUUGAUGAUGAUGUCACAGAACUUGAAACUUUUGGAGUAACUACCACCAAAUCGUCAAAGUCACCAAGUCCAGCAAGCACUUCCACAGUACCCAGCACAACAGAUACGCCCACAGCCCCCAGCACGGCAACCACAUCUGUGGCACCAAAUGCACCAGACAUUUCUGCUCACUCUAGAAGUUUAUCUCAGAUUCUGAUGGAACAGUUGCAAAAGGAGAAACAGCUGGUGACUGGUAUGGACAGUGGCCCUGAAGAGUGCAAAAAUAAAGAUGAUCAAGGAUUUAUACCAUGUAGUGAAAAGGUAUCAAAUUCUGACAAGUCUUUGGUGCAAGAUGAUAACUUGAAAACAUCCGAUGCCUUUCAGUUAGAAAGUUCUACAGAAGUGGAAACUUCUAAUAAAAAUGAUAUGGCCACUGACAUGGAGUGUGCUGAUGAAGCACUGAAUGUUGUCGAGAACACAGACAAUAAUUCAAAGGAAAAGACUGUUACAUCAGAAGCAGCUAAAACUGAAGAUGUAGUUCUUUGCAAUAGUGAUACAGAUGAAGACUGUUUAAUAAUUGAUACAGAGUGUCAAAAUAAUAGUAAUGGAAAGACAGCCGAAGUGGGUUCUAAUUUAAGUUCUAAGCCAACUAGCCUGAAUUCUUCCUCAGGACAGGCUUCUGUAGGAAACCAGACUACUACUACUUGUAGUCUUGAAGAGUCAUGUGUUUUAAAAAAACCUAUCAAACGAGUAUAUAAAAAAUUUGAUCCAGUUGGAGAAAUUUUAAAAAUGCAAGAUGAACUCUUAAAGCCGAUUUCCAGAAAAAUACCUGAGUUGCCUUUAAUGAAUUCAGAAAAUUCUAAGCAGCCUCCUAUUUCUGAGCAAUCCUCUGCUCCUUCAGAUGCCUCUGGUUGGCCAAAAUCUAUAUGGCCUUCUGCCUUUCAGAAGCCAAAAGGACGAUUGCCAUAUGAACUUCAGGACUAUGUUGAAGAUACAUCGGAAUAUGUGGCUCCUCAGGAUGGAAAUUUUGUUUACAAGCUGUUCAGCCUGCAAGACCUGUUGCUACUUGUGCGAUGCAGUGUCCAGAGGAUAGAGACCAGACCACGUUCCAAAAAACGGAAGAAAAUCAGAAGACAAUUUCCAGUUUAUGUGCUACCGAAAGUGGAGUAUCAAGGUUGCUACGGAGUUGAAGCUCUGACGGAAGGUGAACUUUGUCGCCUGUGGACUGAAAGUUUAUUGCAUUCCAACUGCUCAUUUUAUGUUGGACAUAUUGAUGCAUUUACUUCAAAGCUUUUCCUGCUAGAAGAAAUUACCUCAGAAGAAUUGAAAGAAAAACUUUCAGCACUCAAGAUUUCAAGUUUAUUUAACAUCCUCCAACACAUUCUAAGGAAACUAAGUAGUUUGCAGGAGGGUUCCUACUUGUUGUCUCAUGCAGCAGAAGAUUCUUCACUCCUGAUCUACAAGACCUCUGAUGGAAAAGUUACUAGGACAGCAUACAAUUUGCAUAAAACACAUUGCAGCCUUCCUGGUGUACCCUCUAGUCUCUCAGUGCCCUGGGUCCCCUUGGAUCCCAGCCUCCUACUGCCAUAUCAUAUCCAUCAUGGAAGAAUACCUUGUACUUUUCCGCCUAAAUCACUAGGUCCCACAACACAACAAAAGAUUGGUGGAACAAGAAUGCCUACCCGCAGCCGCAGGAAUUCAGUUUCCAUGGAAACCAAAAGCCUGCCUGCUCAGCAAGUUGAAAAUGAAGGAGUGGCUCCAAGUAAAAGAAAAAUAACUUAAGCCCUGGAAAAUGAAGAAAAGCCAGUUAUAACCAUAGAAAACAAAGAAAAGCCAGUUAUAACAGUGUUCAGUUUAGAAGAGUUUGAGGGGCAAAGAGAACAUUUUUCUUUUAGUGUCCUUGGGAGUUCUUAGAGUGCCUUGAAAAAACAUGUUGGCGAUGGGAAGCAGUAUUCCACCCAAAACAGAAUGUUGUGCUCUUAACACCUGACGUUCGAUGAGAUUCUAGAUACAUUUUAACAUUAUCAUGGCAGGGAAGUAUAGAGAAGAAAAUAUUUUUGUAGUAGACCUUUUCCAAAAAUUGUAAAUAGGAAAAUAAUUUGCUUUUUUAAAGAGCAAUAUUUAUCAUUAUAUAUUAUGUUAAUAAUUUGAGUUGUAUUGCCAGUCUGUUGAGAUUGACUCGAAAGGUUAAAUCUUACUGCUGUCAGAGAUAAUUUUGAGUUAAGUAAACCUUAUUUCUGACCCAUUAUGACAGUUUUUAUAUACUACUUUAAAAUGAUGAUUGUUGCAGGUUAAUGAAGUUAGUACCUUUAAAAAUUUGGUGAAAUUCCAUUGCAGAAGCCAAAAAUAAAAAACCCUCUGCCUCUGAAAAUAUACAAGUAAGUUAACACUUUUUUGUUGGGCAACCAUCAGUUUGUUUAAAAAAAAAAAACAAAAACUUUUGUGGUUGAACAGGUUUGUUGAGGAAUGCCUCUGUCUCUUGUCACAAAUCCAGGCUGAGUGUUGAAAUACAUUACUAAAAGCAAAGAGCUGAGUAUAUUUUCUCAACAUAUCUCAUGUUUCAACUGAUAAGACUAAUGUGUGGUAAAACAGAUGCUGUGUUUUUCUCAUCUGCAAAGAUUCAAUUCAAUUAUUGUGGAUAAUUUAAAUUUUUCAGGACCACGGAGGUGAAUUUGGAAAAGGGCAUGAUCAAUUAAUGUUAUUGGAGCAAAUUUGGACUUAAGAAGGGAUGGACUUAAUUUUUUAAUUCCUCUUUAAUGUGCACCGAACACGUGCAUCAUUUGUAAAAUACAAACUUUGUAAUCCAAGGCGGUAUUUGCUUUGUUUUUGGAAUUUUUUAUGCAUUUUUAUAUUAAUAUAAGACAUUAGUCCUCGAAACUUUCUCAACUAUUAUAAGAAACUAGUAAGUAUUUUUUUACUACCGAGUUUUGAUUUUCUUGGUUGUUUAUAAAAUAUUUUUUUAAUUAAUGAGUAAUUAUUGUAAAAUCUUUAAAUUUAUUUUAAUAUAUAAUUUCCUCAUCCUUUCAUUCCCUUUUUAAAAUAUUGAGCUUUGUUUUCAGUGGACUUGAUGGUUUGUGCUUUUUUUCUUUUUAUAAUUUUGUCACGUACCCACAUUUCCCAGAAAUAUUUCAGUUGUGAAUCACUUGGCAGUGAAGCAAGGGAGAUGCAGGGAUUCCCUUGGAAUUUGCUCUUUUAAAAAAGCUAGACAAUGAUUGCUUCAGACUUCUGAAUACUGGAGAGACUUGGCUUUCAUUUUUUUACUGUUCCUUUUUAGUAAAAUGUGAUCUUGCAAGUGGUUAUUUUGAAAUUAUCUUAGCCAUUUAUUUGAGAAACCCUGAUAAUAUAUAUAAAGCCAGUCUUAGUUUUCUACUUGUGCUGAAUCAAGCUUCUUUUUUCUAAUGUAUAUUGGAUCUUGUGUUCUUUUUCUUAAUUUUUAGUAUUGAGAAUGUAUAAACAAUAAUAUGGUGUUGACAGUAUGAGCAAAUAUUUAAAAAAAAAAAAAAGCAGACCCAGUGUUGGCAAGAGUAUGAUGAGCCUGGGCCACUUAUACCUCUGUGGAGAAGGUAUAAAUACUUCAUUCACUAAAUGUUUGAGUGCAUCUGUGUGCUAUGUAAUCUAAAGCAGGUCCCCACAGUUACUCAUAACAUUCUUUUUUCACAUAUCACAGUAUUUGUUCAUUUGACUUACUGUCUUCUCGAAUAGACUACAAGCUGUACAAGGAUAAUAUAUAUUUGUUUUGUUCACUGUUAUGUAACAAACACCUAAGACAAUAUCUGUUGUAUAGUUGCUUACUGAUAAAAGUUGGAUGUACGAAUAAAUGAAUGUUUAGAUAUCGAGGAUAGAUUUUUUUCCCUAGGAGCUUACAUUCUAGUGGAAGGCACAGUAGUGAUCUAUGUGAUAAGUAAUAAAGUAAUAUAAGAAGGUCA